UGUGUAUCCCAUCCACGCCAUAUUCUUGUCACCUCUGAACGACACUGUAGGCUACCUUUUGUUCACCUAGAAAGACUUCCGCUACUUUGCAUAUCGGACAUCUGCGAAAGUAACUGUUAGCUAGUUAUAGAAAGGUGAGAUAGAUAUACUUGCCAUUUGUUUACACUUUCCUCGAGUAUUCGAGCAGUGGGGUAUAGCCAUGUUGCGACUCCUAAGACACCAGGCUAGAGGGACAAGGAGCUGCCUCUGUGGCCAGAGGCGCUAUGAGCAUCACAAGAGCGUCAUGGCCAUCCGGCGUGAGGACAUCAACGUGUGGGAGAGACGGGCGCCCCUGGCUCCGCGCCACGUUAAAGAGAUCGUCCAUGCUGGCCACAAGGUCCUCGUCCAGCCUUCCAACCGAAGAGCCAUCCACGAGAAUUAUUAUAAGAAAGCGGGGGCCAUCAUUUCCGAGGACAUUUCCGAGGCCUCGUUGAUCAUUGGCGUCAAGAGUCCUCCGGAGGAGAAACUUUAUCCCAGAAAGACAUACGCCUUCUUCUCUCACACCAUCAAAGCACAGGAAGCUAACAUGGGUCUACUGGAUGACCUGCUCAAAAAGGAAGUGCGUCUCAUCGACUAUGAGAAGAUGGUCGACGCCAAUGGCUUCCGUAUUGUGGCAUUCGGACAGUGGGCUGGCGUUGCAGGAAUGAUCAAUAUUUUGCAUGGUUUGGGACUUCGUUUUCUGGCGUUGGGACACCACACUCCUUUUAUGCACAUCGGUAUGGCCCAUAACUACAGGAAUGUCAGCCAGGCCAUCCAGGCAGUGAGGGAUUGUGGGUACGAGAUCUCCAUGGGCCUCAUGCCCAAGUCCAUCGGCCCAGUGACUUUUGUCUUCACCGGAACAGGCAAUGUCUCCAAGGGUGCACAAGAUAUCAUCAAUGAGCUUCCUGUAGAAUACGUGGAGCCUCAUGAGCUAAAAGACGUGUCUCAAACUGGAGACAUGUCCCGAGUGUACGCCACCGUUCUGAGUCGUCACCACCAUCUGAUGAGGAAGAGUGAUGGUGUUUAUGACCCCCUGGAGUACGAGUAUCACCCGGAACUGUACACAUCACACUUUAGAACCAGUGUGGCGCCCUACACCACGUGCCUGAUCAACGGCAUCUACUGGGACCCCCAGACACCGCGGCUCCUCAGGCGGCUGGACGCCCAGAGGCUCCUGACGCACGUCAAGCCCUCCGCCGCCGCUACGGAGGGAUGGCCGGAGCUACCACACAAGCUCCUGGCGAUCUGUGACAUAUCUGCCGACAUGGGCGGCUCCAUUGAGUUCAUGACUGAGUGCACCUCCAUCGAUAAGCCCUUCUGUAUGUACGAUGCGGACCAGCACAUAGACCACGACAGCGUGGAGGGCACAGGUAUCCUCAUGUGCUCUAUUGAUAACCUUCCUGCCCAGCUCCCCAUUGAAGCCACUGAGUAUUUCGGAGACCGCCUCUUUCCCUACAUUUGGGAGAUGCUGCCCUCCGAUGCCACCAGGCCUCUUGAAGAAGAGGACUUCUCACCUCAAGUUAGGGAUGCUGUGAUAACGUCAGAAGGAAAGCUUACCCCAAAGUUUGAAUACAUUGAAGAUCUUCGUGAACGAAGUGAGAAAGCCAAGAUCAUGAAGAGGAGUGGAAUGAAGCGAGUGCUACUACUGGGUUCAGGUUACGUGUCGGGCCCUGUCAUUGAGUACCUCACCCGGGACCCAGGGACUCAAAUCACUGUUGCAUCAGUGUUGUUGACCCAGGCAGAGGAGCUGGCAGGGAAAUACCCCAACACGAUCCCUGUCAUGCUGGAUGUCACCAGUCAGGAGGGCCAUCUGGAGUCCCUGGUCAAAGACCAUGACCUAGUCAUUAGUAUGCUGCCGUACGGGUAUCAUCCUGUGAUCGCCAAACACUGCAUCAACAAGAAGGUGAACAUGGUGACAGCCAGCUACCUGAGUCCAGCCAUGAAGGACCUCCAACAGAGUGCUGAGGAAGCUGGCAUCACCAUAGUGAAUGAGAUGGGCCUGGACCCUGGCAUCGACCACAUGCUGGCUAUGGAGUGCAUCGACCAAGCCAAGGCGGACGGCUGCACUAUUGAGUCAUACAGUUCAUUCUGUGGUGGACUCCCUGCACCAGAAUGCUCAGACAAUCCUCUGCGCUACAAAUUCAGCUGGAGUCCAUAUGGAGUCCUCCUCAAUACCAUCAGCCCUGCCAUCUUCCUCAAGGACAACGAGGUGGUGAGCAUCCCAGCGGGCGGCACUCUGAUGGAAUCCACGGCUCCCAUGGACUUCCUGCCCGGCUUCAACCUGGAGGGCUUCCCCAACCGCGACAGCACCAAAUACUCAGAACAGUACGGCAUCGAGUCAGCCCACACACUCAUCAGAGGAACACUCCGCUUCAAGGGUUUCUCCAAGGCCAUGAGUGGCUUUGUGAAACUGGGUCUGAUCAACACUGACCCCUGCCCCAUGCUGAAGCACACCUCCGCUCCUGUCUCCUGGAAAGAGCUGCUGUGUAACCAGAUUGGCCUGCACCCCUCCACCUCUGACAAGGCCUUCGAGGGAGCUGUUUACGACCGCAUCGGCCAAGACCCCUUCAAAAUGGAAACACUCAAAUGGUUUGGGAUGCUGAGUAAGGAGGCUGUUCCCCAUGCAGAGACUGUGCUGGCAUCACUGGCUAAGCACUUAGAGGCCAGGCUCUCCUUUGAUGAAGGCGAGCGGGACAUGAUUAUCAUGAGGAACGACGUGGGCCUGCGUCACUCUACAGGCGAGCUGGAGACCAAGCACAUCAGCCUGGUGGUCUACGGAGACCCCAACGGCUACUCUGCCAUGGCCAAGACCGUGGGUUACCCUGCAGCCAUCGCUGCUCGCAUGGUGCUGGACGGAGAAAUCCGUACGAAGGGACUGGUGGUGCCAAUGACUAAGGACAUCUAUGGACCGGCACUGAAGAGACUGCAGGAGGAGGGCCUCAAGUUCACCUCGAAAAGCACCAUCCAAGAGUAGUAACUCAUGAGUCAUCGGCAGUGUCCCAAUAGUGUUCGUUUCCUUUCCUGGCAUCCUCCUCAAUCUGCACUGAUCCCCAAAAAAGACCCCACAUUUCAAUUCUUUCAGAACAGUGCAGAUAAAGGGAAUGAGAUGAAGAAAGGAAGCUAUUUUAGUCCUAACACAACACCAUGUUAUAUACAGCCAAUCAGUGCCUGGGUACCAGGCCACAGAGAAACUGGAUGCAUCUCAAUAGUCUCAAGUUACUUUCUUCGUUUGUCUCCUGUCCUUCAUCUGUGCUGAUCUGAGAAGGCAGGGUGGGGGAAGGUAAUAUGGUAGAAAUCUUCAGGAGGACAGGAUAUGAGGGGAAGCAAGUUGUGGCUAUUGAGAUGCACCCUGAAUUCUGGAUGCUUUUGAAACAAUCUACUUUGUCAAAUAGAAACAUUAGGUUGUAUGUGAACAGUUUCCAAGCACUUUGCUUCUUUUUAAUUAAGGCCGUACCAUUCUUUACUUGGAGAACCACAACUCCCUGAGUGUCGUUAUAACAUAACGAUCCUAUAAUCUGCACAGACCUUCUAAGCUAAAGCGUCUCGUCUGUCCAUGACCGUAACGUAUGCUUUUCCUGAUGUUGAUCAGCUGCUGCACAGUUAUGCUGCUCUUUACAUAUUGAUUUGGUUAUCUGCUCAUUGUAGAUGACACUCAGACAAUCAAGAUGCUAGAAAUAUCAAGAGUGAUCGUGUACAGUACCUGCUUAAAAAAAGACCAGUGAAUAAGUUUGCGAGUGAACAGCACUAAUAUAAUACCGUAGCCUGGACAGCUUGCUCAAAAGAACAAGUAGUUGUAGUAACUCACCAAGAGCCUCUGAAUUUAAAAAAACCAACUGUUUUACUUUUUUACUCACUGACCUGCAUCACCGGUCAAUCAUAGCUCAUACCUACCAUGUCUCAUUUUCGGGCAAUAAUUUUAAAUCAAUCUACUGUAUUUGUGUACAAUUCAUUCUAAGUAGUGUGCAGAUAUAUUUUAAGAACAAAAAAGAUUUAUGUUGAAUCCUAUUUAAAGAUCCCAAACACUAUUUGUUGAGUAAAAUAUCCAAGUGUAUUUAUUUUCUGGAUUGGAUAUAAAUGGUCUCCAGUGCUGCAACAUAUUGUUUCUGCGUAAUUACAUGGUUGAAAUGUAAGAUUGAGAUGCCUAUUUGUUAUCAAUGCCUAUUUAAGCAAAUAGAUUAUAUUGGUCAAUAUAAUCUAUCAUUCUAUUGAUACAGAUAUACAAGUACACAUAGUCAGUGGCCAGUUUAUUAGGUACACCUAUCUUUAAAAAAGUUUUAACCAGGUAGGCCAGUUGAGAACAAGUUCUCAUUUACAGCUGUGACCUGCCCAAGAUAAAGCAAAGCAGUGCGACAGAAACAAGAGUGACACAUAAACACAAGUACAGCCAAUAACACUAUACAGUGGGGCAAAAAAGUAUUUAGUCAGCCACCAAUUGUGCAAGUUCUCCCACUUAAAAAGAUGAGGCCUGUAAUUUAUCAUAGGUACACUUCAACUAUGACGGACAAAAUGAGAGAAAAAAAUCCAGAAAAUCACAUUGUAGGAUUUUUUUAAUGAAUUUUUUGCAAGUUAUGGUGGAAAACUUUUGUUAUUGACCAAAUACUUAUUUAUCUUAAUACUUUGUUAUAUACACUUUUGUUGGCAAUGACAGAGGUCAAACGUUUUCUGUAAGUCUUCACAAGGUUUUCACACACUGUUGCUGGUAUUUUGACCCAUUCCUCCAUGCAGAUCUCCUCUAGAGCGUGAUGUUUUGAGGCUGUUGCUGGGCAACACAGACUUUCAACUCCCUCCAAAGAUUUUCUAUGGUGUUGAGACUGGCUAGGCCACUCCAGGACCUUGAAAUGCUUCUUACGAAGCCACUCCUUCUUUGCCCGGGCGGUGUGUUUGGGAUCAUUGUCAUGCUGAAAGACCCAGCCACGUUUCAUCUACAAUGCCCUUGCUGAUGGAAGGAAGUUUUCACUCAAAAUCUCACGAUACAUGGCCCCAUUCAUUUUUUUCCCUUAACACAGAUCAGUCGUCCUGGUCCCUUUGCAGAAAAACAGCCCCAAAGCAUUAUGUUUCCACCCCCAUGCUUCACAGUAGGUAUGGUGUUCUUUGGAUGCAACUCAGCAUUCUUUGUCCUCUAAACACGACGAGUUGAGUUUUUACCAAAAAGUUAUAUUUUGGUGUCAUAUGGUCAGUUAAUUCUCUCAAUCUUCUUCUGGAUCAUCCAAAUGCUCUCUAGCAAACUUCAGACGGGCCUGGACAUGUACUGGCUUAAGCAGGGGGACACGUCUGGCACUGCAGGAUUUGAGUCCCUGGUGGCGUAGUGUGUUACUGAUGGUAGGCUUUGUUACUUUGGUCCCAGCUCUCUGCAGGUCAUUCACUAGGACCCCCGUGUGGUUCUGGGAUUUUUGCUCACCGUUCUUGUGAUCAUUUUAACCCCACGGGGUGAGAUCUUGCAUGAAGCCCCAGAUCGAGGGAGAUUAUCAGUGGUCUUGUAUGUCUUCCAUUUCCUAAUAAUUGCUCCCACAGUUGAUUUCUUCAAACCAAGCUGCUUACCUAUUGCAGAUUCAGUCUUCCCAGCCUGGUGCAGGUCUACAAUUUUGUUUCUUUGACAGCUCUUUGGUCUUGGCCAUAGGAGUUUGGAGUGUGACUGUUUGAGGUUGUGGACAGGUGUCUUUUAUGCUGAUAACAAGUUCAAACAGGUGCCAUUAAUACAGGUAACGAGUGGAGGACAGAGGAGCCUCUUAAAGAAGAAGUUGCAGGUCUGUGAGAGGCAGAAAUCUUGCUUGUUUGUAGGUGACCAAAUACUUAUGUUCCACCAUAAUUUGCAAAUAAAUAAAUAAAAAAUCCUACAAUGUGAUUUUUCUGGAUUUUUUUUCUAAUUUUGUCUGUCAUAGUUGAAGUGUACCUAUGAUAAAUUACAGACCUCAUCUUUUUAAGUGGGAGAACUUGCCCAAUUGGUGGCUGACUAAACACUGUGUAUGUGUGUGUGUGUGUAUAUAUAUAUAUAUAUAUAUAUAUAUAUAUAUAUAUAUUUAGAAAAAUCAAUGUACAGUGUGUGGAAAUGUAGGGCCAUAGAGGGGAAAUAAUUACAAUAUAGUACUGGGUCAGACCCAAUUUUUGCCUCCAGAACAGGCAGAAUUUUUCGGGGAAUGGAUUCUACAAGGUGUGGGGGUCAAACGCUCAAUUGGUAGCAAGGGAUCUAACGUGUGCCAGGAAAACAUUACCCACACCAGUACACCGCCACCAGCCUCUACUGUUGACACCAGGCAGGAAGGGGGCCAUGGACCCAUACUGCUUACACCAAAUCCAGACUCUGCCAUCAGUGUGACGGAAUUGGGAUUCGUCGGACCCGGCAAUGUUUUUCCACUCCUCAAUUGACCAAUGUUGGUGAUAGGUAUUGCUGCAGACGACCAAUCUGUGACAAGGACUGGCGAGUUGUGCGUUCCGAGAUGCCGUUCUGCACACCACUGUUAUUUGCUAGUUUGUAUAGCUCGCUUGCAUGAUUUUUGCCAUUCUCUUUUGACCUCUCAUCAACUAGCUGUUUUUUUGCCUACAGGACUGCAUGUUUUUUUGUUUGUCGCACCAUUCUCUGUAAAAACCCUAGACACUGUUGCGUGAAAAGCCCAGGAGGCCGGCUGUUUUUAAGAUACUGGAACCAGCGCGCCUGGCACCGGCGACCAUACUAUGCUCAAAGUUGCUUAAGUCACUUGUUUUUUGCUCAUUCUAACAUUCAAUCGAACAGUAACUGACUGCCUCAAUGCCUGUCUGCCUGCUUUAUAGCGCGUCAUGUGGCUGUGGUUUGCUAUGUCUGUAGAAAUUUAAAAAAAAUUGUGAACAGUGUGGUGUACCAAAAACUGUCCACUGAGUUUAUAUCUGCUCGCAGAACAUAUUGGGGUUUUCUUGUAAGAUUAAACCCUUGGCAGUUGUUCCACCGUUUAUGUAUUUCAUAGAAAAAUAAAGGGAAAAGUGAUGUGUUGAA